AUGGAAGGCUAAGAUAAAAACUAACAAAGGCGAAUAAUUGUCCUUUACAAUUCGGGCUGGAGCUUAUGGGAGUGGGACAGUUGAAGGCACAAGCUUCCCUAUUUAUGGUGAAAGAAAAAACCCAACAUUAUCUUUCUACCUUAUAAUUUUCUCUUUAUAUAAUCCAAGACAAAAAGAGAAAAAAAGGAAGAGACUUGAAACUAUUUUUAUCUAAUAAUCCAAAAAGCCUUAUGUGGGUUGUUUGUGUUGUGGUUCAGCAAUGCAUGCCUUCAACUGUUUUUGAUCUCAACUAACCUUUUAGUUCUAGUAGCAGCGGCAGCAGGAAGAAGCCCGUGAACAAGUGGAUGGCAUUUGAAAAAGGUUCUGAUAAAUCCAAGAUCUCUGCCGAUGAUGCAAUAAGAGAAACAAUGGAAUCGAAAAAUAGUUAUUUCAAUGGACAAGCUUCUUCCAAGAAAGUAUUAACAGAAGCAAGCAUAGCAGAAAGGACUGCAGAAUGGGGACUUGUUGUGAAGUCAGAUGUGGGGGACGGUAGCUUCAAAGCAAUUAAGACAUCAUCUGGAGAUGGAAAUAGGAUUAAAACCUCAUCAGAGAGAUUCGCAGUAGAUUCCACAAGAACAUCGGAGGAAUCAGAAGCAGGAGCCUUUCCAAGGGUAUCACAAGAGUUGAAAGAUGCUCUAGCAACACUACAGCAAACUUUUGUUGUGUCUGAUGCUACCAAACCAGACUACCCUAUAAUGUAUGCCAGCAGUGGAUUUUUUACUAUGACCGGCUAUUCUUCCAAGGAGGUUGUUGGAAGGAACUGCCGGUUUCUCCAGGGUCCAGAAACAGACAGCAAAGAAGUCGAAAAGAUACGAGAUGCAGUCAAAAAUGGGAAUAGCUACUGUGGUAGGCUUCUUAACUACAAAAAAGAUGGCACUCCUUUCUGGAAUCUUCUGACGGUCACCCCCAUCAAAGAUCACCACGGCAAUACUAUCAAAUUCAUUGGAAUGCAGGUGGAAGUCAGCAAAUACACUGAAGGUAUCAACGAAAAGGCUUUACGUCCUAAUGGAUUGCCCAAGUCUUUAAUCCGCUAUGAUGCUCGACAGAAGGACAAGGCUUUAGAUUCCAUGACAGAGGUUGUUCAAACUGUCAAAGAUCCCAAAUCUCAUAUUCGAAGUACGAGCCAUGAUGCAUCCAACAGUCUUGACUAUUUUCUGCCUAAAUCUAUUCACUUUGAUACCGUCCAUGCUAGUUCUCCUCACUUGGACUUGUCAAAUGAUGUCUCUGAGGAAACUGAGAAGAAAACUAGAAGAUCAAGUGGAAUUUCAAAGGGGUUCAAACCAAGGUCUCAAAGUUAUGCAGGAGUACGUGAAGCACCACCACCAACUGUUGAACCAGAGGUUUUGAUGACCAGAGAUAUAAAACUUUCCAACAGUUGGGAGCAUGCUGACAGAGAUAGGGACAUACGACAAGGAAUUGAUUUGGCAACCACAUUGGAACGCAUUGAAAAGAAUUUUGUGAUCUCAGAUCCUAGACUUCCUGAUAACCCUAUUAUAUUUGCAUCCGAUAGCUUUCUUGAACUAACAGAAUAUACACGAGAAGAAAUCUUGGGAAGAAACUGUCGGUUUCUUCAAGGACCUGAAACAGAUCAAGCAACUGUCUCUAAGAUAAGAGAUGCUAUUAGAGAACAAAGGGAAAUUACAGUUCAGUUGAUCAAUUACACGAAAAGUGGAAAGAAAUUCUGGAACUUAUUCCACUUGCAGCCUAUGCGUGACCAAAAGGGUGAGCUUCAAUACUUCAUUGGUGUUCAACUGGAUGGAAGCGAUCAUAUGGAACCUUUGCGCAAUCGCCUUUCGGAGAAAACCGAGCUACAAAGUGCUAAGUUGGUUAAGGCAACUGCAGAAAAUGUUGAUGGAGCUGUUCGAGAGCUUCCUGAUGCCAACUUGAGACCAGAAGAUUUGUGGGCAAUUCACUCGCAGCCUGUCCAUCCAUUGCCUCACAAAAGGCACAGUCCUUCUUGGAUAGCAAUACAGAAGAUCACUUCUCGAGGUGAAAAAAUAGGUUUGGAACAUUUCAAGCCCAUAAAACCCUUGGGUUGUGGUGAUACUGGCAGUGUUCAUUUGGUGGAACUGAAAGGUACAAGCCAACUGUAUGCUAUGAAGGCAAUGGAAAAAUCUAUGAUGCUGAAUCGUAAUAAGGUACAUAGAGCAUGCAUUGAAAGAGAGAUCAUUUCACAUCUAGAUCAUCCCUUUCUACCCACAUUGUACACUUCAUUUCAGACUUCUACACACGUUUGUCUGAUAACAGACUUUUGUCCUGGCGGAGAGCUCUUUGCACUACUUGACAAACAACCUAUGAAAUUAUUUAAGGAGGAUUCUGCAAGAUUCUAUGCAGCAGAGGUUGUCAUUGGCUUGGAAUAUCUUCACUGUUUAGGAAUAAUUUAUCGUGAUCUGAAGCCAGAAAAUAUCUUACUCGAGAAGGACGGACAUGUUGUCUUAACUGACUUUGAUUUAUCAUUUAUGGCAUCCUGCAAACCACAAAUAAUAAAGCACCCGCCACCUAAGAAUCGAAGAAAAUCAAGAAGCCAACCUCCGCCAACAUUCGUUGCAGAGCCAAUAACACAGUCAAAUUCUUUUGUUGGAACUGAGGAAUACAUUGCUCCUGAAAUAAUCACAGGCACAGGACACAGUAGUGCCAUUGACUGGUGGGCUCUUGGUAUUUUGUUGUAUGAGAUGCUAUAUGGUCGCACGCCUUUCAGAGGAAAGAAUAGACAAAAGACAUUUGCCAAUAUUUUGCACAAAGAUCUCACCUUUCCUAGCAGCAUCCCUGUUAGUCUUGCUGGAAAACAACUGAUUAAUGCACUGUUGAGUAGAGACCCCAGCACCCGUUUGGGAUCAAAGUCUGGUGCCAAUGAAAUCAAAGAACACUCUUUUUUCCGUGGAAUUAAUUGGCCUCUCAUCCGCUGCAUGAGGCCCCCAGCUCUGGAGGUGCCUCUUCAGCUAAUUGAAAAGGAUACUAUGGCCAAAGAAGUUACAUGGGAAGAUGAUGGAGUGCUCGACUCUUCUGUGGAUAUGGAUAUUUUCUAAAAAGGUUCUCAUGAAUUUAUUUAUUUGCAAUGUAUAGCUUUCCACCUAGGUUAUACAAAUACCUUAAAAGAGUCGAUAUACAUGUAUCCUACCCAUUACCGACACCUCUCGGAUAUUCUUGUACACGUUUCGAACAUUUUAAAAACCAUGUCCUAUUAUUUAUUUUACUUUAUUAAUUUUGGAUAGUUUAAGGACACUUCUAAAGUGUUCCAUGUCUGUACAACCUAGCUUUCCGCUGUAUGUUUUAUAUAGCAAUCGGUAAAUUUGCUUCGCUUUUACAGAACCCAGAUUCCAGAUAUAUAUAUGCAUGAGAAGAUGCUUCAAGUUUCA